CAAGUCUGGUUCCAAAUCCUACCAUACCCACUCCAUCUCACAAGUCACAACCACUACUCAACCCUCGUUCACAAACAAACAACCAACAACAAACGACUCAAACAAAAGACCAAAACGCAAGCACUGUCCAAUUCAUUUCUGUCGUCGCUUCCAUUCUCUAGUCUCCACCCACCCCCACACUCUCUCACUCCAUUCCCCCAACAUCAAAUUUUACAAAAUAAUAAUAUAAAAAAUAAAAAAUAAAAGAAAAAUGGCGAUUAGUUAUUCACCGGUUCGUUGCCGCGUCCCCUCGCCGCAUCGCACUUUCGCUUCUGCCUCGAUUCUCGCGCCCACCGUCUUCUUCCGCGACGCCGCUCCGAGCCUCAGGCUCGUCUCGGUUCGGUCCCAGGCCCCAGGCUCGGACGGCGUCGCCCAACCCAAGAAACACGCGCGUGCCUCCGUUGGGUUUUCCGCUUCUUCCUCGUCCGUGAUUGAUUUUCUCACUCUCUGCCACCGCCUCAAGACCACAAAAAGGAAAGGAUGGGUUAAUCAUGGGAUAAAAGGUGCUGAAUCGAUUGCUGACCAUAUGUACCGCAUGGCUUUAAUGGCGUUGAUUGCUGGUGAUGUUCCUGGAUUGAAUAGAGAAAGAUGUAUUAAAAUAGCACUCGUGCAUGAUAUUGCAGAAGCUAUUGUAGGAGACAUAACACCAUCUGAUGGUGUGCCGAAGGCUGAAAAGAGCAGAAGGGAACAAGAAGCUUUGAACAAAAUGUGUGAACUUCUUGGUGGAGGGAUGAGAGCUGAAGAGAUAAAAGAACUUUGGGCAGAGUAUGAAAACAAUUGUUCACUAGAGGCAAAUCUUGUUAAGGAUUUUGACAAGACUUCAGAGGGAAAGUAGAACUAUCAACUAUCCAGUGGUGAGAUAUGCUUCAAGAAAGAACAAAAUACAAGGUGAAAAAAUAUAAAUGUAACAAAGCUGCUCAGUCUCUUAGCUUGUCAGAAAGGGAAGCUUUCGUAUAGCCACCAUCACAAAGGAUAGCACACGAACAUAAUGCUACCCCUUUAGGCUUAGGGACGAUGAGACACGAUUAAAGAUGCUUGCAAUUCACUCAAGUCAAAUUUUCUGAAAAUCCAUGAUGUUUUUAUCUGUUUUACCAUGAUGGCAUAUCCAUUAUAUGAAACCAUCAGAAACUGCUUCAAUAUAUAAGGGUACACCCAAUGGUCACCAAGGAUCCCAAAAAUAUUUUUUCAAUAGGAAUGUAGCUGUGUUGCUCUUACACUGCUAAGUGGUCUAAUGUUUCUAAGCUAGAUUUGAUAACAUUGUGAGGAAAAGUAAUGUGGGGCCUGAACAUUUUCACUCUAAUCCAGCCUAAAAGACUAACUAGAGAGUUAAGACUAACACUAGCAGUAAAAGGGUCAAAGUCACUUAGUAAUAUUGAAGGAUAUAAUUUAACGAGAGAAAUGAAAGUGAUAAAACAAUGGGACUAUACCUGAUGAUAAUUCUCGUGGAUGCUCUCUUGAAUUUAAUUGAAUUUUCUUGUGAACUUACAGUAGCCUAACUUGAGUCUAUUUUUCUCUAUCACAAAUUUUAAUUUUCCAGGCACCCAUCUCUAUUUUGGUCAAGAAUUUUAAUUUUUAUAGCCUCUUAUCAAAGUAUUUUCAUUCUUUAGCACUAGAGUAUUUCACUAUUUUAUUUAAGCUUGAGCAGUUAAUUUAUAUGUAAAAUCAAUGGAAAAUAGUCAUUUUUUUUUAUGUUGUCUUCUAUUUCUAAUAUUGUCGUCAGCCAACUCACCUAAAGUUUAAGUGGUUUAGUGAAGGCUCGGGAAUUACUUUGUUUAGCAUGUUCCCUGAUGCAAGUUCCGUUUGGGCUUGAAGCAUAGACAACGAAAGGUCCAUUUUUACAUUUGUUGAAAUUCAACCUUUAUUUAGAAGAAUGAAGCUGCAAUUGCCAUACUCCUGAGUCCUAGUCACAUGGUAAUUGGCUUUGUUAUGUCUGCAAAAUAGAUUAAAACCUUUUUCAGUUUGGCCUGUGCUUCUUCGCACCACCUGCCUCAAAGCAUUAAAACCCUCUGGUUCCUUGACAAAUGGAUGGAUCAGAUAAUUUUUAAGUUGGAUUAUAAUGGAUAUUGGCUGGAUCAAUAUCCAUCCAUAAAAUUGAAUGGAUGGAUUGGAUCCAAUCUAUCAUUAUUAUAUUUGUAUAAUGGAUGGAUUUACUUAUGGAUAGAUGAUGAAUAAAUGGAUUGUUUUGUCACCCUUAUCUUGAUCCAAGAUUGGACUUCCACCCUCUUGUACCAUAACUUAUCUGUUUAUUAGAACGAUAUCUGUCAUCUUUGAUAUUUCUGAAGGAUGGGACAUCAAUAAUUGGGUUUUGAUUUUGGAGAUGAUUACUCGGAAAGACUGAAGUUGUCAAUUGCACUUUGAACAAUAUUGGUGAUUGGUAGCAAUGGUAAUUGAAUGGAAACUGUAGAAAUUUGAUGUUGGGAAACAUUUAAUGUAUGCUAAUUUUACUGUAAAUGAAAAGGCAGGUAUCAAGAAAUUGUAAGUACUAGACAAUAAUAUAACCCAGCUUAUGAAUGUGAGUUUAGAGAAGUACGAUGUAAUGAAUCCCAUAUGUAAAGGCAUUAUAAUGUCCAUCACAGAGGUUUAAGCCAAAAUAGCUACCUAUUUGAAUUUUUUGAAAUUUUGGGAAAUUUAGUGAAGGCUAAAUAUGAAUAGAACAGGCAAUCUAAGUACUGCUCAUAACACCAAGAAGCAUGAAAUAUGCAUUUAAUUUAACUUAGGUAGUCUCUACUGUAUUCAAUUUGGUCAAAACAGAAUUGGAGUUUUUUAAUCAUUAGAUUUUUCAUGCAUUAAGACUUGCUUUACUUCACUUUAAUGGUUUAUAAUUUCUAUUAGUCUGGUUAACUGGUUGAAGGUUCGUAAUUACUUGUAUGCUAUCAGGCAAAUCACUUAAGAAUUUUACCAAGGGAAAAAGUUUUGCAUGUUCCAUUGUUCUUCCUUCUCUGGUAUAUAUCAACAAUCUACUCUGAUCUACUGGCUACUUGAGUGGUUUGUGUCUUUUGGUUGUAUCAAACUUCUCUUUGAAGGUUUUCUCCCCUCUUCCAUAUCAACUUUAGUGCAAAACCAACCUUAAAUCCUAUAAUGUAAACCCAUCAUGUUUCCAAAGCAUACAUUAUAACAAUCAGUUGUCCUUUUUGCUUCAAUCAAACAGAUUUUACCAAAUUAAAAACAUUUAGAUUUUUCUACCUUGCAUGGGUGGUAAGUUCCACACAUAAACAAUAAAAAAGAGUAGUACUAGACGCUCUGAAUACUGGCUGUAUAAAAUAAAUUACAGAGCAUUGAAAAAGACUAUCUAUUCAGUAGUAGCAAAAAAUAUUUCACAGGCAUGACAAAUGACCUCUACAGAAUCAGUUUUCACAAUUUUUUAACACAUUGUUUUUUAAUUAAGAGAAACAUGAGAGGGGUUAAAUAUAAGUGGUUUUAAACUUUUUGUAACACUUUUAGACAAACUUCAUAGUUAAAGUGUAAUUUACCUUAUUUUUUAUGGUUCAUUUCUAAUUGUAUUGUUCUGCUCUCAACAUUC